UGUUUCUUGUUUUCUCAGAUAACAUGUCUUUAGAUAACAGGCGACCACAGACUCCUGCUAGUGUGGUUUUAGCAGAGACGGUCAAUGCAGUAUUAAAAAGCUUUGCUAAACAUUCUGCCAAUGGCACUGUGGUGGCAUCAGAAGCAUUACAAGAGUUCUGGGACAUGAAAUGGUCUAAAAAUAUGAGUAAAAGCACAAGUGCUCAGAUAUCAUAUGAGAUGGAGACCGAGAUUAUAAAUGGAACAAAUCGAUUUGUGUGCUAUGUAACUUUGCCUGGUGGAAGUUGCUAUGGAUCAUCAACAAUUUCUCAAAAUGAAAAAUCUGCUAGACAAAAAGCUGCCAAAGUUGCGUUAAUGAAUUCAGUCUUUAAUGAGCAUCCUUCUCGACAAAUAAACUCUGAUUUGAUUGAAAAGAUUCUCACAAGUGUAGCAUCAGGAAAAUCUGAAUCUGGCAAAAAGUUUCAAUCAUGUUUAGAUGCUUUUAAAUCCAUGCUUCUCACCAGUAAUGGUAAAAGUCUCCUGAUGUUUCAGGAAAUGAUGAUUAUAUUUCAACUUCUUCAUUGGAAUGGAAACUUGAAAGAGAUGAAGAGAAGGCAGUGCAGCAGGGAAGAGGUAAUAGCUCGUUAUGCAGGCUCCAGCAUGGAUGAUCGAUUGCGUGAUGGUAUGGUGCGUGAUUGGAAAUCGAGGGAGUUGAAAUUGCCUGGUGUUGUAAAAGCUGAGCUCAGUGCUGCAGAAGAGUCUAUUCGUCAUUGCCGAGAAGUUGGUGUUGAUCUAAGAUUUCACAGGGAGAAGCGGGACAUCCUACGUAAAGUGGUUGCUGAUGUAACCAUAUCAAAUACUCUAUUAUGUCCAACCAAAGGUAAAACGACAUCGUCUUCUUCUGCCAUCGAUGAAGUGUUUGAAGAUAAUGAUACUAAUAUCACUAUCUAAUCAUGUUGAAGACUUGGGUGAAAAUGGCCUUUUCUUGAUUUUAUAGUUUCACCAUUUUAUGUCUUGUAUUUGUACUGCUUUUAUGCUUGCAACACUGUUUCAACACUAAUGUAUUUUCUAGGGCUGUGGAGGCAGAGAAAUUAGGCUCCAAACUAAAAAUUUUGCCACUUUUGAAUUUUGACAUUAUGACUCUGACUUUGAAAAUAUUAAUUUCCAACUUCCUUAUGUGCCAGACGGAAUAUGUUUGCAAUAGGAAGCUACAUGUGUGUUAUGAAGCAUCACCAUUAUGUGAUUGCCAUCUGGUGUUUUUUUCUAACAUUCCUUAUUAGCAUAGUGCCAAGAUGUAACCUGCAUUGUUUAAAUACCUAAAUUUUUUUGGCAUUGAAUUUGCCAUUUGUGUACCGCAACCUAUAGUUUAUUUUUAGUUUGCUUUUUAUUGACAUACUGCAACAAAAAUAUGACUUGAAUAACA